AUGUACCAAUUUGAUUCAUCCCGGAUUGAUGAAAUUUUGCAAGGCUUCAAGCUGAUUUGCCUUGAUUCAGUACCUAUUGUCGACACGUUGUUUAUGGAAAACCAUGACUACGAAGUCACGGAUCCCUACGAUGGUGCCUGGAAUGCGCCGCUCUCACCCUUGCAUACCAUCUGGGAUGAUUUAUAUAAUGGUGACUUUUUAGGUGCUUGGGUUGAGAUACCUGAGCCUGCGAAAUAUGGGCUUUCGGGGGGGAUUCCUCUGCAGAAAUUCCAUCUCGGCAAUCCGUUAUCCGAGCGAAGUGAAGGUUAUGUUAUAUCAUUACUUCACCAGCUUCACUGCGUUGGCGAAUUGAAACAUAUACUCCUCGACUGGGAGAGGUAUGGCAACAUUACCACACUGAAACAUGGUACGCACUGCGUGGAAUAUCUCCGUCAAGCCGUCAUGUGCAGUGCCGAUUUGUCACUCGAAAAACCGAGAUACCUCAGUAAUGCCAGCUUUCAAGGCUCCAAUGGCUGGGAUGCAGUCCAUAAAUGCCGAGAUUGGUCCACUAGAAAAAAUGCUUCUCUUCCUCCAUCAACGAUUGCCGUUCUGGGCUCAAGCCGACUAAUCGAUGUGUCUUAA